CGAUGGUACCUGACACAUCUAUGCUACCACAACACCUUUUUUAAGUUCUACUUUGACCAUGUUAAACUAUCAGUACCCUCACGCACAGUAUCUAAAAUUCACAACAGUAUACAUACAGGCAUGUUUCCCACGGCAGCAUCUCACAUCACAGAGCACUGAUCUCAGUUGAAAUAUUCUUAUUUUAUUUUUUAACAGACUACAUCUUCAGCCGUUACACUGUGGGAGAUCAGCUGGGCAAAGGUGGAUUUGGGGUGGUGUAUGAAGGAACGCGUCUGGAGGAUAAUAUUAAAGUGGCUUUGAAAUACGUCACAAAGACGGAGCAAAUGGAAUGUGUAUUCCUUCCUGAUCAUGCAGAGCCUCUUCCAAAAGAGAUCGCCCUCACCAUCAUGGCGAAUAAAGGUCGAAGAGUGCCAGAGAUCAUCCGGCUGCUGGAGUGGAGGGACCACCCUGACCACUUCGUCAUGGUCCUGGAACGUCCCUCUCCCUGUGAGAAUCUGGUGGAGUUCCUCAGGCGUCACGGUGGAAGCCUGGACGAGGAGAAAGCGCGGCAGAUCAUGUGGCAGGCGACUAACGCCGCACACAUGUGCUGCCUCCGAAAGGUGUUCCACCGUGACGUCAAACUGGAGAACCUUCUCAUCAACAGGGAGACAUCCGAAGUCAGGCUGAUCGACUUCGGAUGCGGGGACGUUCUGGGGAGUUCACCGUUCAGGACAUACCAUGGCACGGUGGAGUACUCUCCUCCUGAGUACCACCGCAGUGGAGAGUACAACGGCUGGCCGGCGACGGUCUGGUCACUAGGGAUCGUAAUGUUCACAUUGUUGUGUGGACAUUUCCUAGUGACCAUGACCUGUUCCUGCUGCAGCACAAGAAGAUGUCGAUUUUUUUCCAACGAUGAAACUGCAAUCAAAGAGAUGGUGAUGGGCGUUUUUCUUGUCAUCAGAUGUGAAGGAUGUGAAGAUGAACCUGCGGAAGUUGGAGUAGUUCUUGAAGGAGUUACAGCACUAGAAGGGCUUGGUAAUGUAACUUAUGGCGUUGCAUUGCUGAUUGGGCUAAUAUAUGCCCUCAAUCUAAGUAAUCCGAAGGAGCUUCGAUACACCUUUGAACUCCUGCAAAAAGUGUUCCUGGAGCUUGAUGGACACAAACUCUCCACCAAAGUUCAAGCGCUCAAGACCAAGCUUUUUACACCCUGA